CGUGCAGCAGCCUUUCGUGCGACGUCUAAGUUGUACAAAACUUUCGUCCUGUUACACGACCUUUCGCAGUCCUAGUUUCAGUCUCGGUUCUUGUUCCUGUACAAUCGUGACAGAGAAAACUCGUCGCUCGGUUCUUGCUUUUGCUCGUUCAGUCACGAAAAUCUGCUUGAGGCGGUUGUAUUAAAAGGAUAUGCUUGUCGUCAUAAUUCGUGAAGCAUUUAUCUCUAGGCUCUUUUUGAUUUGGGUUUUAAAUGAUGACAGCGCACCUCACGCUCACCCCAUUUCAUUCUUCCACCCCGUAUCAAGUACUUAUUUCAACAUCGCUGGUGCUGUAGGUCCUGUUGCACUCUUGAUGAUGAAGCCCUCCAACUAAUGUGGUACGACGACGUCGUCGCAACUAUCGAGUUGCAAUUCUUCCUUGUUCCAGUCUAGUAGUCUCGCAUUCAAUACUAGAAGCCAGCGUAUUUCCACGACCACGACCUUAUUCCAGCCUGAUAAAAAUAAAAUGGCCUCGCCCACCCCAACAACCCCGGCCGCGCGGCCCAGAACAUUCGGAGCGUCGAAAAGCGGCAGCCUGAAGAUCUUGACAGAGGAGAACGACAAGAAGGAUAAUACCGUGCAGCCGGUUCUUAUUUCCGAGGACCAACUGCCUGCCACAACGGCCCUCGACCGCCAAAGUUCUUCCAAGAGUUCCACCAAGUCCGCUCCGUUCAUGCCCCCGGACAGUCCCUAUCCUGUGCAAAAGUAUCGCACUCGUAUUGCAGUCAUGCAUUACAGAUCGGUUUCUUAAGGUAGAGCCGCAUUACGAAUUUUAUUUCUCAUGACGAGGAAAUUUGUAAUGCAUUUGUACGAGUGCGAUACUUUUGCAAUGCAUAGUCCCCCUGGUUACUCAAUCCUGGCGUCCUUGAGUAAAGAAAGCAUUGCCACGCCGGGCUCUACUAGGAGUACUCCUGCUGGUGCUGCGCGCCGGGGGCUGCUGGUGCCCAGGUCUACUAGUCCGAAUGAUACAGCCAGUGUGAAAAGAACUAGAGAAGUAGUAGAGCGUAUGAAUUGCAAAAGUAUCGUAGUCGUAUAAAUGCAUUACAAAUUUCCUCAGUAUGACAGAUAAAAUUUGUAGUGCGGAUUUACCUUAAGAAAAAGAUUUGUAAUGCAUGACUGCAAUACGAGUACGAUACUUUUGCACAGGAUAGAGCGUCUCUCUUCAGAUCCAGCCUACGAUCCCCAAAGCCCGGUCGCGCGAGCGGCUGCCGCGCGGCAAAAACGACAACGCGCUGGUGCACCUCCUGCGGACGUCGAUGCUGUUGUUGAACUUGAAAGUGAUGAUAUAAUACGAGGCGGCUCUACAACUGGUGCCGCCUCUCCUGCUCCCACCAGCACAACUGGAGGAGGUGUUGGAACAAGAAAAAUAGCCGAGAAGAACCCAGCUGCUGCUCCCGGUCCCGACUCCGAGAAGGAGAUGAACAAGGCCAAGAAGCUGACGAAAGUGGAGCAGAACUCUGGCGGCCCAAGUGCUUCUUCUACCGAUCAUACGACAAGAGCGCCGGCUCCUUCAACAAGCCGAAGCCCCGCCGCCGCGGGGCAAGAAGAACAACUCUCCCCCUUGAGCAAAGCCGCGAAGGGGCUGGUACAGGGUCUAUUGGGUGAAGAAGUGCACAUGGCAAGGACGGCAGGCGGGGCCGGUGGAGGCGCAGUGCUAACUACUUCUUCCGGGGUCGAUUUUGCCGAUAAAGCGAUUAAUGAAAACCAAAGUGGACAAACCAGUCCUACUGCUGGCAAAAGCGCUAUCCCACAACUCUCGCCAAAUCAAGUUGUGCAUGACGCGGCUCUUCAAGUAGACGACCUCGUCCCGCCGGAAGAUGCACAGGGUGCUGUUGUAGUGCCCUCGUUUUCUACUACCUUGGGCUCCACUGCGAGAAGCCCAGCACGAGGACCUCCGAGUUCCGACUUUGCCGCACGAGAACCUCCGGUAGCAAAGGUGGACAAGGGGGGAAAGAAAAUAGCGGACAAUUAUCGACAGAGAAAUGAAAAUGAAGAAGAAAAAACUCUGCAACGCAUCCUCCACUCAGCCCCGCCUGUGACCACCUAUAAAUCUUCCGCUCUAGUCCAGCAGGUGGAAAAAGAGUUGGAUCACUUGAGAAGGCAGACGGAAGAGCUCAACAAGAUGGAAUUUAUCCGGCAGAAGGCGGUGAAGGCACAGCAGGACUUCACCGUGGAUUCUAUCCGGUGCAAAAGUAUCGUACUCGUAGAAGUAAUCGCAGGUAUGCAUUACAAAUCUCUUUCUGAGGCUAAAUCAGCACUACAAAUUCAAUUUGUAGUAAUGCUGCGCUAAUUUGUAAUGCAUUCAUACGAGUACGAUGCUUUAGCUUUUGCAAUGCAUAGAUUCUUUGAGGAAGCAAAUUUUUCAGCUGCAGUUCGCUAAGGACCAAGAGUAUCAAAAAUUGCACCACAAAGUGGCGUAUCGGGUGAUAAACACUUUGUUGAAUACCGCCGAAAGCGGCCUGGAACAGCUGAACCAGGGGUACGAUGGAGACCUUCUUGGCGGCGGGAUAACGCCCAGUGCAGUAGGUCCGACCCGUGCGUCGCCAAUAAACCACUAUUUCGGGGACACCACGUCGACGCCUGAAAUAUUAAGCGAUAGACCACCUGCUCCGCGAACAAGUAGAUCUCGCUCACCUCCGCAGGAUCAUCGGCUCAACAUUACGAGGACCACGUCGAGCGCGACGAGACAGAAUAAUUUGAAAGCAGACACGACACAGGCUCCUGUUCCAGCAGCAGCUGACCCCAGUUUAUUAGUCGUGCCUGGACGAAUCGUGAACACGAACCGCCCGUCCAGUCCGAGCAAGUGGCAGGAUGAAGUGUUGCUGAGUUUGAGUAGUGAGGAGUAUCACCAUGGGACAAGAACCAAUGACAACAUCACAACACAGGCGAGAGGGACUACACAAGGUGAGCAAAGAAAGUUUGUUGCUCCGCGAGGUGGACCACGUAGUACAGGGAGGCAAAAUGACAAAAAAUUCGAGCAACCCACCACCGCGGAACGCUUAUGGUUGGAAAGUUUGCGACGGAGGGAAAACAUGCGGGCACCAGAAGUCAUCAUGCCCCCGACCGACGAUAGUCGUGCAGCUCGUGUAGGCCAACUUUCGCCUCGUCUUAUUUCAAGAGCUGCAACCAGAUCGCGAUCGAACACGGUCGCACAUCAACCAGGAGUGACAGAAAUAAAGAACAGACCACGACCACUGUCUUCUGCACCUCGUCCGCUUUCGACGCAGCACGAAGAUGCUCCUCGUCGGGUGUGGCCUCUCGUGCCCCUAGAAAUUCCGCCAACGGCAGCAGCUACACCAGCUGCAAUGGGUUUGGGUCCACCGCCCCUUAGAAAUAUUAACAAGCGCAGGAGUCGCUCCUUGUCACCGCGGAUGAACAAUACAACUCAGCCUGUUUUCGAUCCAUAUGCAGUGCAAAAGUAUCGUACUUACUAGUAUAAAUGGCUAUGGCAUGACAAAUUUCCUGAGCAUGAGAGAGAAAAUGCAUGACUGCGAUUACUUACUUCUACUAGUACGAUACUUUUGCACGGGAUAAUCCAGUCGUGAAGCCCAAGCCGCUGAUUGACGUGAAAGCCGAGGCCGCACGGAUGUUGACACCGCUUCCGCCUGCAUCGUUCUCCCGCGGGUUCUUUAAAAGUGGCUCGAAAAGUGCUCGAUCCGUAUCCGCGAAAAGCUCGAAGAAAACCAGUUCUGCUGCUGGCAAGGCGAAGAGUUGUGUAGGACCAGCAGCAGCCACAACGACUGCACCGCAAAACGCUUCGAAGCAGAGCGUGCCGGAAGAAUUGAUCGGCACGGGGCACGUGGCGGAGUGGAAUGAGAAAACCCAGGCGUUCCAGUUUUCCGAAGUGGUGGUAUCGACGUACCCAACAACAACAACAACAUCUCCGCCUGUUCUUGCGCCCAAAACCGACACGACGACUUCUAAUGUUGACAAUAGUACCACGACGACGACAGCAGCAGGGAAGCAAGAAAUAAGAAAGCCAGCAGCUGGUGUAAAAAAAGCCGUGUCAAAUACAACCUCUAUUAGUAGACCUGUAGUAUUUGCCCCGGUCCCGCGGGCUUUUUCCCGAAGAUCCCGCAUCAUGAAGAGUCCACCGAGUAGCAUGAUCUCCCGGGCAGACGUAAAGGUGGUACCGGCGGCGCUGCUCCAGAAAGAGCAGGAAAUCAUCAUGAAAGAGCAGACAGCAGACCGCGAUGGAGAGGAACUACAGCUUCUGCAGCAGGGAGAGGACUUUUUGGGGGAGAAACUUGUCAUGCACGACGCCGAACAGGAUGGUGGAGAUGGACCACCGAGAUCAAAUGGCGCAACAAAUAUUUUUAAGCGGACUACUACUUCGAGCCGACAUUUCGUUUCGCUCGACACUGAUACUGCGCAGAUUGAAGAUCUCGAUUUGUUGGACAAAGUGCACAUCUCCGAGCACCGGCCGUCAAAGACGUUGUUAGACAGGUUGGAGAUAACGGUCUCGAAAAGUAGUGGAGGAAAAAUCGAGGACAAUGGGACGUCUCGACCGACGGGCGGCAAUGAAGGAAAAGCCAAAAGAAAUGGAAUUACUGUUGCGAGUAGUUCUCAGACCACAAAGAAGCCACAGAACAAGCCCGAAGAGCUGCAUCAAGUAGAUGCAGCAAGAAAUAUGAAGAAACUCGCCCGAAGAAUUAUAUCAACCACUCCAUCGCCCUACCACAGCAUGGUAGUCCAGGCACACAUAUGAAAUGCAAAAGCAUCGUACUCGUAUAAAUGCAUGACAAAUUCCCUCAGCAUGAGAAAAAAAAAUUGUAAUGCGGAUUUACCUUGAGAAAAAAAUUUGUAAUGCAUGACUGCAGUACAAGUGCGAUACUUUUGCACAGGAUACCACAACGCGAACCAGCUUUGCUAUGUGGAAACCCUGCAGAAGCUCCCGUCUGGGAAAUGUCUGACGCCGGCGAAAGACAAGUUGGAACAAAAACUGCUGGAAAAAAAGAGAAACGAACACUUUCCAAAAGGCCGGUCGAGCUUUGGGUCGUUGCUGACCUUUCCUAGGUGGAAUUGUCCGGAAGUGGAUGACUCGUUGAAAAAGUUGUUACGGAGUCUGAAAACGAAAACAGCGAUGAAUCAAUGAGGAUGGAUUAUAUAUUUCUUCCGUGGAUACAAGUCAAGCCUUCUCAGUAACAGUAAGUAUCUCGGUUUAAUAUUUUCAUCACCCUCGUCAUCGUCAGUCCUUUAUUUCCAGCAUCGAGUUGUUGUAUCAUAGUGCCAGCAACUAGCUCGGGGUCCUCAUUCGGACUUUGUAGAUUCGGUUUCGUUUCAGAGAAGUUUCUAAGUUGAUGAUGUCUACGCAAUUGGACAACAAGUGUAGUUUAUUUGCUCUCCUACUCCUGUGUUUAAAUCUAUUGUUAUCAUUUCGAUGUGAUCGCGCCAUCGUAGUACGAUGGCAGUGACGUCUUUUGAUGUCGUUCCUAUUUCAUUUUGAAAAUCCCUUUCUCGACGAAAAACUGCUUGCAACACCGCGAUAGCGUGAUUUGUGUCUCGACCGUUCUUGACUUCGCUGGUGCCGUG